UGUUCGGAAGAAAAACCAAGACGGAAAUCAAAAAGCAAACUCUACAACAACACUUGUGUAUUUGUGUAUCUCUCUGUCUAUCUGCAUAAGUAUUUGUAUCUGUCAGAACGCACGGCUGUCAGAACGUUCGUCGUGUAAAGUGCUUGAACAGCCAAAACAAAAGUGAAAGAUACGCCACUUGGCCACUUGUCAAAACAGUGAACGCAAGCAAUUUCUUAAAUUAACAAGAAAUUCAAACGCAAAGUGUGAAAUAUACCCUGGAAUUAUUCAAAAAUAAUAAAAAAACCAAAUUCAAUAAGAAAAUAUCAAAAUCAAGUUUUGCCGUCGCAUUUCUCUUGGAUUACUUUAACACAUCAGCCAGCUGCUGACACAUCUUGUUCAGCAUCCUCUGUGGAUUAUUCUAUUAGGACAAUCGCCAACAGCUCCGCUAUGGUUGUCUUGGAAGGCGGCGGUGGUGUUGUUACCAUCGGCAACAAUCAGUACUUACAACCGGAUUAUCUGGCUCCAUUGCCCACAACGAUGGAUGCGAAGAAGAGUCCACUGGCCUUACUGGCUCAGACCUGCUCACAGAUUGGCGCCGAUUCGUCGGCAGUGAAGCCGCUGCUGGCCGUGGACAAGAGCAAGAAGUCGGGCACCUGCUCCUCGUCUUCCACGUCGUCGAGCUCGUCGAGCAGCGCCGACAUGGCCACGGCCAAGUCGCCCAGCCAGGCCAAGUCGCCCAAGUCGAGCACGCCCAUUAGCAGCACAAUCGGCAGCACAAUUGGCAGCGAGGUGAAGCUCGCCUUCAAGCCGUACGAGACGAAUGUGCUCAGCCAACAGAACCAGAACAGCUUCAAGAGCAGCGCCAGCGAGGAGUUGCCGCGGCCCAGCUCUAAGAGCUCGACUGGCGCCCAGGAGCGCGUGCCAUCGCGCAACAAGUCCAAUGCCACGCCCACAGAUGGAUCACAGUCCAAGCCGGAGGCUUUGGCCACAACGCCACACGACGCCAGCCGCAAGACCGUCUCGCCCGCCGGCAGCUCGCAGCGCGGCGCCAGUCCGAUCGUGCGCUCGGGCAUGGAGGUGCUGAACAACGCCAACGGCACCGCUCAGCAUCCCAAGGAGAUGAGCAGCAUGGCCGCAGCAGCAGCUGCUGCGGCAGCAGCCUACAAGGCAGCCGGUCCAUAUGGUCUCAAUCCAUUGUCGGCGCUCUGCUGCCCGCCCGGCAUGGAGCAGCAUGCGAAUCCCGCCUUCCGGCCGCCGUUUGCCGGCGGCUUCUCGCAUCAUCAUGCGGCCAUGUUGGCCGCCGCAGCCAAUGGCGGCUAUCCGGGCGCCGGAGCCGGCCCGGCCGGACAGCCCAAUCCGUACAUCACCUACCAGCGCAUCAAGACGCCCGCCGGCGGCGAGGCCAUCGUGCCCGUCUGCAAGGAUCCCUACUGCCCCGGCUGCCCCUACUCCGCACACACGCAGCAAAUGCUGAUGGGCGCUCCCUGCCCCGCCGGCUGCACCCAAUGCGAGCACCAGAAGUAUGGCAUGGCCAUGGCCAGCGCCGGGCUCCAGCAAGCGCAUCCCUACUCCCAGGCAGCGGCUGCUGCCGCCGCCAACGCGGCCGCUGCUCGCUCUGCGCCCUACGUCUGCAGCUGGGUGGUGGGCGAUGCCUACUGCGGCAAGCGCUUCCAGACCUCCGACGAGCUCUUCACACAUCUGCGCACCCACACGGGCAACCUAUCCGAUCCGGCAGCCGCUGCCGCCGCGCUCGCCCAGUCGCAGGCUCAAUCGCUGCUCGGCACACUCUUUCCGCCCUCGGCACUGCGCGCCGGCUACCCAACGCCUCCACUCAGCCCCAUGUCCGCGGCCGCCGCGGCCGCCCGCUACCAUCCCUAUGGAAAGCCACCAGGCGCCAUGGCCGGCGCUCCCUCGCCCUUUGGCGCUGCAGGCGCCUUCAAUCCAGCCGCCGCAGCCGCUGCAGCUGCCCUGGGCCCCUACUACUCUCCAUAUGCCAUGUACGGGCAGCGCAUGGGCGCAGCUCAUCAAUAAGAAACUGGAGAUACCAAAUAAAGAGAGAAGCGGAGAGAGAGGCGAGGAAGUUAAAGACGCUGGCAGCGGCGUUCGCUGUUCUGUGAUACUAAACUGUAGAUUUGUCGAGGCGCUAGUUACGUUUAAGUUUCGGAUUAACCCACAGAUGCAACAACAACAACAACAAAAACAACAACAACCACAACAAAGAAUCCAAAAGCAACAACUUAAUUAUAUAUACACCAUAUAUUCUCGAGGAGUAAAGGAAUUCUGUUAAAUCAAACAUUUGUUUUGCUUUGUUUUGUUAAUUCAUUUUUAUAUUUUGUAAGGCAUAAAAAGUUUGUUCUCAAAGUUCAACCAAAGUUUUCUCUGACUUCCAGUUCUAGCGCGAUCUAUAUGGAUCGCAUAUGUAUAUCGUAUGAAAAUCGUAUGUUUAUCAGGUUUUGUUUACACGCCCUAGCGAUACUUAAGCUUUGUUUAAUUUUAGUUCUUGUUUAGGUCCUAACUUAGUCUUAGCUAUUCGCAUAUAACUAUGGAUA